CAAGUCCUGUAGAACACCUUUCAUUCUCUGGGACAAUAUUAGUCUUUCUUGGACCGAUAGUGUGUGGAUUUUGUUUCAUUUGCGUUGUGCAAAACAUUAUUAGACAUUCAGGUUUCCUUGUCUCUGGAACAUCUGAAUACAGCAACGUCCACUCCAUCAGUAAGGGUCAGGCGGCAUCGCCUGCCCAGUUGGACCGCUUGGGUAUCGUUUCCUUAUGCCGAAGAAGCAGCGCUUCUCACAAUCCGCUCAUUACAAGAACACGGCUCCGUCCGGUUCGUACUCUAAUCCAUCCGCCAGCUCAUCGCGGCAAGAUGUCUCUGUGAAUGAUCUCCUCGCCCGCCACCGUCACGCCUCCACCCCACCACCAACCGCGGCCAAACGAGCGGCGGUAGAACGAAUCGUUUCCUCCCCAACCCUUCCCCCGAACAUACGACAGAUCCUUGAUAUCCCUGAAAGCGACGCUCCGCGACCACGGCCUCCUCAGCGUCGAGGGCAACAUGGCACCAACGCUCGUCCCAUGGCGCCGACACCUCUGCGACAUGCAGCUGCGAAUGCCAUCCAAAGGGCAGCAAGGCCUCCGCCGGGUCCGGCUGCACCGCAGAGCUGGUUGACCGGUGAUCUCGAUGAUCUGGACCGUAGCAGACAUGCGCCCGAGGACGUGAAACUCCGAGCCAACCAGCGCAUUGACGAUGCGCUUCGAAGGCGGAGGACGCAUCCUGGUGUGCGAUGGACGUUUUCGAGUACCAGACUCAAGGGUGAAUCUUCCAGCAAGUCGAAUCGAGCGGAUGAUGCAGUAUACAUGCCAACCCCUGGGAGUCUUUCAGAUAUGACGCUAAAGAGCAUGGCGGCAAAUUGGGAGUUCAUUGUGGAAUAUGAGCAAUUGAACUUAGCCACUCUUUCAGGAACACUAAAGAGCCAGCUUCUAGCCUACAUCGGUAUCUUCGGCCCGUAUGAUGGAAUUGACCUUGUUGGCCUCAAGACACUUUUCCUCACAAAUGAGGAACUUGAAGGGGCAACUGGAGGGGACGAAGUCGAGUUCUUGAACUUAUCAGGCUUACUGGGCGGCAGACUGAGUUGCCUAGAUCUGAAGAGAUAUUUCGAGUCAUCUGGGAAUGCCAAGCGGAAAGUUGAAUCGGCUCAGACAUCGAAAGCGCGAUUUCCCGAAGACGAGAUUCCCUUGUCCUGGGAUGCUGAACCAGAGAGCGGUGGUGUAGCUCUACCCGCGUCGCUAAACCUACGAUUCCCUUGUUUGACCCGGCUCUCCCUCGCCAAUCCCUCCGCAAAGUCCGCAUCAUGGUCCGAUUUGCUAUCCUUCUCAAAACAUUUCGCAACACUCACCCACCUUUCACUGGCAUACUGGCCAGUGCCAACAAGGACCCCCCAUGCGACCACCGCCGUCGUGGUAGCCGACCGCGCCCCUGGCGAAGUGAGCCUUGGAGGCACACACAUGUACUCUGCUAUGGAUGAAGACUGGCACGAAGCCGCCAGCAUCCUCCGGCAGUUGAGCAAAAACACCUACUGCCUACGCUGGCUCGACCUCGAAGGCUGCCACCAGUGGCUCAAAGUUCUGAUCUAUGGGAACAACAACCCGACCUCACUCCACGGUCCAGAUGCACGGUCAACCCGUCCUUGGCUGACGUUAUCCCAAGACCACAACUGGGAGGGCGCCUCGUCCGAAUUCGAAGCAUAUUUCACCGAGCCGCCCGGCCCAGACUUCAACUCGUACUGGCGGCAGAUCCGCUACAUCAACAUGUCGCAAGGCUGGAUCCCGUCCGACGCGGGCGCCAUCCAGAGCCUGCCGGCCGGCAUGAUCUCGAUCGAGCUGCUGGACUACCUCCGCAAGCGCUGGAAAUCCGGGCGGCCGAGCAUCCCGAUCCAACCGGAUGCGUCGCUGCAACAGGUGAGGCAGUGGAUCUUGCAGGAGCAGUUGGCAAGGGAGAUUGCGCGCAAGAUUCGGCAGGUGCGCAGCGGUCAGGGAGGCCUGUAUUGUGAGGUGGAUUGUGGAUGGGGCCUGGAUGAAUUUGAGGGAGCAGAGAGUGGGGAGGAGGGAUAGGCGAUAGCAGCCACUAACCCCGAAGACGAAUAAGUUUUGUCAUCCAUAGCUGAGUCUGUAUUGCCAGGCUAUUAUUAUAAUAUAACAUCAUUCGCUUGAGCCUUAGUGAAGACUUGUUCAGCUAUGGGUUGGGUAUCUGGCUUGAUUGUAUACUGUUAAAUCGAUGCCAUUCAUUCAUCCGGAUCAUAUAGAUCGAACCCUAACGACGGCUCUUGCUGCGGCACCGUCUCUCUCGGCCUACUAACCCCCCCAGUCCCAACGUCUGCAGCCUUUGCCGGAACCGCCGUCUCCUCCCGAUUCUCCUCCACGCCACUAUCUAAAACCUCCGUCUCCAC